AUGUUUUUCAACUACAAGAGCUAUUUCUCGAUAGUCCUGCAAGCCGUCAGCGACGCAGAGUACAGAUUCAUUUUCAUUGAGGUCGGAUCUUACGGGAAGGAAAGCGAUGGAGGCAUUUUUAGGACCUCAGCGUUGUACGACAGGAUUACAAAGGGUACACUUGGCAUCCCCGAAGACAGAGGCCUCCCGCAUAGCAACGUAGCGGCACCCUUUGUAUUCAUCGGUGACGAAGCCUACCCAUUGCUCAAGCAUCUGAUGAAGCCGUACGCAAGAAGAACCCUUGACCCAGCAAAAGAGAAGUUCAACGUAGCCCUUUCUAGAGCAAGGAAGACCAUUGAACGUGCUUUUGGCAUUGCCGCUGGAAAGUGGAGAAUACUACGAAAGUCAAUUGAGACGAAUGUGGGCAUAGCGGAGUGGGCAGUUAAGGCAGCCUGUGUCCUGCAUAACGUCGUUAUUGACAAGGAAAACGUGGAUCUUCACCAUGCCGGGGACGUACUUUCCAGGGCCCCAACGGGAAGAAGGAAUCAUGGUGCUUCUGCCGAAGCCGUUGAAGUGCGCAAUCACUUCAAGAACUUUUUUAACGAUCUGUGA